AAUCAUGAGAACCUCCCCCGGUCAUAUGACUGGGGUUACUUCACAUAAAUGAGGGAAUUAUUAAGGUUCAUUACACAGGAAGCACGUCGCCCACUCGGAUUUCACGACCCAUAGACGCAGCCCACAGUGGUGAGUUGAUUUUGCAUGUUUGGCUGCAUGUGGAUCUCUUUGCAUGCUUCAGGUAUCUGGAACUUGUGAAUUUUUUUUCCGGAGGAAUCUGGCUUUUACAUUGCGCACUCGAGUUGACGCUCCUCCUCACUGCACGGUUGCUCUGAAUUUGACUCGUCAAAUGUUAGUUUUGUGAUCUCCUACUUUCUACGCUGCAAAACACAACGGCAAUCCCAUGAUAGUUUUAGAUUUUCAAACGCACAGUGCACCGACGUAGAUGGAACUGACACCUCCUGAGCUGCUUUCCUCGAGCGGCGCCUCUAUUAGUAGUAUUACGGUGAGACGCUCGGCUAACGCGGAAGCGCUUGAGCCGAAGUCAAUUGAGACGUGCGGUUUAAUAGUAAGAGCUCUUAAUAUGUCUUCUCGCUGCGUUUCCAAAGAAGCAUUGGUGGGGUCGGUCGCCCUCGGUGUUGUUUUUGCCGCUGGUUAUUUAUACGGUAAGAAUACAGGUAGUAAACGUGAUUUUAAACGCAAUAACGUCGAUAUAACACCAAGGUAACCCUGUUUUAAAACGUGGGGGCGAGUUUACGUCACUAGAGGGCAGCGCGAGGGAACGGAUUUAUUUUAAAAGAAAAGAAAAGAAAUACACAUUUUUAAGAAAAUGAUUCAUUUUAAAAUAAUGAAAAUAAAAAAUAAAAGAAAUAAAAUAAAAAUUUAAAAAUAAAAUAAAAAGAAAUAAAAAAUCAUUUUAAAGUGAAUGUUGUUUUAUGUUAACAAGCUCUCAGAGGUUGAAUGAGUAUCAUGAAAGUGAAAGGUUUAAAAACUGCCUUUAAUUUCUUAACUGUUUUGUGUGACUGAAACAUAAUUAGUUGUUUGUGGCCAGUAGUCAUAUGCAUUCUAAUCAGUGUCACGGUUUAUACACAAUAUAAUCCGAUGAAAACAAUUUACUAAAGAUGUCCUUUUGUACAUAUUUUAUUACCUCUCAUAUUCUAAUCUCCUAACUAAUGAUCUGUAACUGAAAAGGUGCACAUUUUUUUCAAAUUUGUUAUGAUUUUGUCUUUUAAAAUGCACUGAAGUUGUUUGGUUGAGGACUUUGAAUGAUUCUCACUGAUUAGGGUUUAUAGAAACCAAGCAAAACUGAGCUGAGUGACCCUGUGUAAGUCUUACAUAACUUAAGCUCCUUUUAAAUGCACUUUUUGUCAACUACUGUUACAUAAUACCCCUGGUGAGAGAUAAAUCCUGAUUUUUUUUUUUUUUUUUUUUUGUGGUAUUGCACAAUGAAGAAAAGGUUGUUUGGCUAGUGUGCAAAUAAAAAUGCUUUGUCACUUCCUGAGUUUACACAGCUGGAUUAAUUCCAAGAAUGUAGCUGUCCGGUACAAAGCCUACUUUAACCAGUUUGUUCACUCUGCACCCUGGUCAAUAAAGACUCUGUUAGUCUUACAAUUUCCAGUAUUUAUUUUUGUAACUAGAUUUCUUGCUGAUUGUGCAAUAACUGGAUUUGACCCUUUGAGAUCACUACUGUUUUAUCUUCUCUAAAUCAAAUAAAGCUGCAGUAACAUAACUGGAACGGAUGUCAGUUUUCUCGAAGAUGUAGAGGAGAUAAAUCAAACUAAAUCUUCAACUAUGUUAAGCUCCUUUGUUGUUCAUGUUCACCCCCAGGGAAAAAGAUAUCCACCAGAAUGAGCAUCUUCAAAAGCCACAGUGCGGGGGGCAAAAGCAACCCCCUAAUGCAGUAUGUCCUCAAUCAUUCCAUGAGGGAGCAUCCGGCCCUCACAAAGCUAAGACUGGUAAGGUUAUUUUAGUGUCAUAUUGUUAGGUUAAUGCAGUGGUUCUCAAGUCCAGUCAUUGAGGCCCAUUGUCCUUCAUGUUUUGGAUGUUUCCCUGCUCCAACACACCUGAUUCAAAUGAUUAGCUCGUUAUUAAGCCAUUACAGAGGUUGAUAACGAGCUGAUCAUUUGAAUCAGGUGUGUUGGAGCAGGGAAACAUCCAAAACAUGCAGGACAGUGGGCCUCGAAGACUGGGCUUUAGAACCACUGGGUUAAUGUGUCAUAUAAAUGGGUCAAUGUAUAGGAUUUGUGAAUGUCAUGUGACCGGUUUGCUUUCAUUGUUUACAGAGAACAAUGGAAGACCCCAGGAACGUGAUGAUGGUCGCCUGUGAACAGUCGCAGUUCAUGGCAAACCUGGCAAAGCUGAUAAAAGCCAAGAAAGCAUUGGAGAUUGGUAAAGGCCACUGAAUUCAUGUAUUAUCACCUCUUUGGAGCAUAUACACCUAUCAUGAUUGAUAUUCUAUGAGCAGAAACCUCAUACACACAAUUAAGAGGCUUUCUUUGGAGUAACGGGGCUGCACAAGAAAAUUCACAGCCAGUGCUUACUUGUUGGGAGGCAAAGUGGUACAAUAGCUGUUGCCUCACUGCAAGAGGGUUCCUGGUUCAGAUUCCCAGCCAGACAGGGUCUUCUUUUGGUGAGCCCUACACAGGAGUCUUGUGAUGGGCUGGUGAUUUGUCCUGAAAAAGUGGAAAAGAUAAUAGAUGGAUGCUCCCUUGUCUGUUUUCAAAUAGAUUUAUUAUUGGCAGAACAUCAAAAUCAUAAACUAGUCCUCCAAAAAUCCAUGAGUCAGGAUUUUUGAUUACCUGCUCAAAUUAAAACAACCUUUGUACAAUAUAACUAACCCAACUUUCAAAAAUAUCCAUUAAUGAUUAACCAAAUCUGACCAGGAAAUCUUAAACAUUAUAGUAGCGUAAGACUUGAGCAAUGUGACGCUCUCCAAGGUGCUGAAUCAGCUGCUGGGAACUUUCCACAGUGCAAUCUUUCUUCAAAAUCCAGUCACAAGAAGAUUUCUGCUAAAUUAAGGGACACAGUUGCCCCAAAGUUGUUUAUCACACAGACUGUAAUCACUGUCUGUGCAGUAAUUACAGGACUAGACCAACUGUUCCACACCAAGUCUGCUCCACCUGGCAGCACUGUUAUGAGCUGAAGCUGCAUAAUUCACAUGAUAAUUAUCUCUUACAUGUAUUGUAGAUUUGAGGGGGGGCUCUUUUCAGGCCUUAACUGUAUUCUCUGUACUUGGGGUGUGCAACUUAAACACUGAGAGAGGCUCUGAUGAUUAUCUCUUUCAACAUUUAUUCACAUUUUUAAAUUUUGCCCACAUUGUAGCUCAUUACAAACAUGCCUUCCACAAGUGAUGCCAGAGACAGGUACACUGCACUUAAAAGUAGGUAAAGUGCUGGUCUGUUGUGCUAGAUGUACACUUAUUUUGUGCACCAAAUCAUUAAAAUGUGGUGACAAAUAUCAAGCAAGGACACAAGGUAUCUUUUUUCUUUCUCUAUGGCCUCCAGCCUUCAAUAUGUCAGUCAUCAGUUACAUAACUUGUUAAUUAAGGGGUGUCGGUUUAGCUCAAAUGGUAAAGAAGGCGUCCAAUGAAAAGAGGCUGAUUUCGACAUGACAUUGUAAAUAAAAAAAACAUCAAAACUAUUUGAAGAUACAUUUUGAGGUUACAUGAUUUUACCCUUCAUAUUGUCACUCAUUGCUAAUUUUAAGUGGCUUUUCUCUGCAGGAGUCUACACGGGUUACAACACACUGAGCAUUGCUCUGACUCUGCCUGAUGAUGGAGUUUUAGUGGCAUGUGAUAUCAGUGAGAGCUACACCAACAUUGGAAAACCCUUCUGGAAAGAGGUAUCUAUAUUCAUGUGUUUACUAAGUAUUCGUCCCAAUUACUGUAUCCUUAUGGGGUCCGUAAUAUGAUGGAUCAGACUGCUGUUGAUCGUAUGGCUCCUAUACUGUAAAAAUAAUGAUCAAGAUAUCCACUGUGUGUUCUGCAGUUUUGAUUGAUGCACGUUCAUGCAUAAUGCAUGUAGAGCAGACUUCAGAGUCUGUUGGUCUUUGGUGAGAUAAGCAACAGGAUCUGGGCUAGUCUGCUGUUGAUAAACAAUUACCUACCCACAUCUUUUAAUUAUCCUGUCAGAAAGAGUAGUUGCCUGGUAAUUAAAAUUUUGAGUGACAUUUAUGUGAUUGCCAAAUUAUAGUACCAGUUAUUUAUUUAACAAAAGCGACAACAAAGGUUGUUGAAGCCUCUCAAGUGUAAAGAUCUGCUGGAUUGAUCUGCUCUCUAUUUAAGUGUGAUAUCUCUGGACUAAAUGCGUGGUAAAGUAAAUAAUUGACCAUCCUGUACGAGCCUGUGGGAGUGGAGUUAUGCAGAUCAUACAGAUUAUGUACAGCUAUAUCAAAGUCAGCAAAAGGAGCAUUAUUAUUUUGCAAAACUGAACCAUAAUUAGAUAAUUAUCAUUACACAUGCAUGUACACCCACAGAAGUAACCCCUGACACUCAACCACAAUGCAUUACAUCUCAUCUGUUAUUUACCAAAAGACCUCUUGCCCUUGUAUAUUUGAAAAUGUUUGUGCCUCUUUGUGUUAACAGGCUGAAGUCGACAAAAAAAUUGAUCUACGCCUCCAGCCAGCAUUGCAAACACUUGGUACAGAACUUCAUUUAUCUUUGAAUAUACUGCUUUCAACAUCACAGUUUUCUAGUGCAAGUCACCUAAGUCAUUUGGAGGCUUCUGGGUGUCCUGACUGCUCUGAAAUGUACAUUUUUUGUAAUAUUAUAGCUGUGACAGAAACAUCCCACUUUGGCCGUUGCCUUUGCACUACAGUGAAAAGCGAUUAAACUAGUGCCUUCCACUAACCGAGCGUGUAUUUAAGUUGAAGUUGGCUAAUAUGCAAAUUGAAACGAAUGACCUCAUACACAUGUGGCUCCUCGACCAUGUCCAAUACAAGCAGCUGUAUUUUGGCAAGCUAUCUGUACGCCAAGCUACACAGCUCGUUACAGAAACUUGUUAGACUCGACUUUAUGUUUACAUGUUGUCAUCAACAACAUUGCUAAGGACAAAGCUGUGUUGGGUUAAAUAAACGCUGUUGUACCUGCAUUCAUACGAGUCCAUUUUGCACCUCUUUCCUUGUGUUUAGAAAAAAGAACAUGAAUGAAACACUCCGGUGGCAUUUUUUCUGCGAAGUACCAAAGAUUAGCACUCGUUUCGCGCGUUUUUGGUCGCGUCACGCAAAUCGGUAAAUUCCGGUAAUUCGAAUUCCUGCCGAACGAGCAUUGGCCCAAACGACGGAUUGAACGUGAUGACGUUGAAUGACGCUGCGUGCGUACGUCCUCAGAACGGUUAUCAGUUUACCUGUACUGAAGUCUUUACACAGAAGUUCCCUUAUUCAUAACUAUUUAUUUUUCUCAUUGGCAAACCGUGAAAAUUAGACUUAUAAAAAGUAUCCAAUUUUAUUACCAAGUGUGUUUGAUAUUUCAUUCCUUUUCAAAAAUAGGGAAACAUAGUAUUAGGAGCCAUGUGUUGGCUAAUAUGAAUCAGACUCAUAUUUUCUUAGUCCAAUGGGUUAGCUUAACUUCUGUUUCUUUCCCUCAGACGACCUCUUAUCCGAUGGCCAGGCAGGCACGUUUGACUUCGCCUUCAUUGACGCGGAUAAAGUCAACUAUGACAACUACUACGAAAAGUCUUUGCAACUCCUGAGAGCAGGGGGCAUCAUUGCUAUCGACAAUGUAAGGGGUUUACCUUAAAAUAAUAGCAUUUCAGUUGCAGUUUCAGCUCAAUAUUCCAUCUAAUCCUCUUAACUUUUUUUUUCCUCAUUCUUCAUCAGGUGCUGUGGGGAGGAGAUGUGUUGAAUCCCUCCCCAGAUGACGCGGACACAGUUGCCAUAGACAAGCUGAACAAGAAAUUGCACAGAGAUACGAGAAUAAAUCUGAGCAUGCUCACAGUGGGAGAUGGUCUCACACUGGCUAUCAAACUGUAGGACACAUCUGACAACUUCAAAUAUUUUAAGAAGGGAUUAUGGAGUUCUGAUAUUUUUAUAGUGAUUUCCAGUGUAAGUUUACUACUUUAGAACCAAUGAUACCUCCAAGAUAAUCCAGUUUACAAACACAAAUGCAGGGUUUGAAAAAAUAGUUUUAUUAAAAAAAAAGUGAAUAUA